GUCUACGCUGUUGUGGCGGGAAAGUGUUUGUGACCGUGAUUGAACUGGAAAAUGUGGAAAUGUAACAUUUCCGACAGCGACCUGCUGUGUAGGUGGUUCCCUGGUAUCGAAUGGUGUACCAUCCGUCUACGGAAGGAAAACUGAGAAGUCACAAUGCCGACUACGCAAGAUAACGGAGGCGAUCGCGUCAGAUCGCUGCGGCCAAGAAAGCCGAGGGAUGCCUCGUCCGACGAAAAGGGCAGGCAGUAUGGCGAAGUGUUCCGAGAAGCCAGCGGCCACCGGCCAGCACGCCGCCGAGGCACGAAGUUGGCUAUGGCUUCUUCAAAAGCAGCCGGGGAAAAUGAAGGAGUUAUACAAGCCGACACGCCGGCACAACAGGAAUGCCGUCUGGGAAGCCAAGCUUGGACGGACAAAUACAAACCUUCCAAAUCGUGCCCCUUCGUCGGUAACGACUCGACGAUUGCAGAGCUGCGGUCUUGGCUGUUGCAGUGGAAAAACAAGUCUUCAAACGCGGAACGAUCCAACUCGCGACAUUCGUUGAGUGAAUCCGAAGAUUCGACGGAGGGUCUGAGUAAUUGCUACUUGCUUGCGGGCCCUCCUGGCGUCGGAAAAACUAGCUCCGUUUACUACCUUGCGGAAGAACUAGGCUUCAAGGUGCUUGAAGUGCACGCAUCGAGCGAGAGACCGGGCAAGAAAAUCCUGGCUGAACUGCAUGAAGCUACGCAGUCCCAUCACGUGGAAGGUAGCAGACUAUCAUUUGCAGCUCUUGCAGCACCAAGUACUCCCGCUAGCACGAACAAAGCGAAGGUUCAAAACAAGACGAAGAGCGUCGGCCCACUGCAGCAGAUGUUUGAGAAGGCUGUUGCAAAAAGUCAAGAAAAGACGGUGAAGGUGGUUGCUGAGACCACCGCAAAGAAGUCUAGCAAGGGACCCUUGGAUAGUUACUUUUCUGCAAAAAACAGUGCGAAAGAGACACCAAAGGUGUCUUGUGCAUCGAGUGCUUCCAAACCUGCAGCUAAAACUAGUCCCAAAGGGACAUUACUUGGAUACUUUUCAACACCACCGUUAAAAAAAGAUGCAGACUUGGCUGCAGUGAAAGAGGCCCAGUACUUGAAGAAGCAACAAAAACGGUGUAUCCGUAGCAAAGGUUCGUUAAAGGAGCUGCAUUCAUCUGAUGCUUCUGAUAAUGAUCUUCAAGUUGUUAGUGCGGUUUCAAAAAUGAAAGGCACGAAGAACCCUGAAACUAGAGGUACAAAGAGGAAAGGCUGUUGAGGCAAAACGAAAGGUAAAGAGAGUGUGCAGCACAUCAUCUGAAGAUGAUGAUGACAUUGUCGUGGUGCUUGCAGCAAAAAAAC